UUGCCACACCUAAGAUGGCGACUGUAGCAUACCUGUGGCCUAACCAAUCUAGCCAAUGAUGAUGCAUGUUGAUUCCUUUGUUGCAGCCAAUCAGAGCACGGUUUGGUCUUCUUAAAAAAAGAUGUCUCCUAUGAAGUUAUGUGUUCCAGGGGAGAGACUGUGCAGCAUCGAGGACUGCAUUGCGGGGGUUGGAACUUACUCGCGGCACGGCUAUAUCUUGGCUUCCCUCGCUGGCUAUGUGCUGAAGAAAAAUGAGGGAGAAGAGCUGCCAGUGAUCUCUGUUGUGAGAGAGACGGAAGCUCAACUCCUGCCUGAUGUUGGUGCCAUAGUAACUUGCAAGGUGACCAGUAUAAACCCAAGGUUUGCUAAGGUUCACAUCCUUUAUGUGGGGUCAACCCCCCUAAAAGACAAAUUCAGAGGAACGAUAAGAAAAGAAGAUGUCAGAGCAACAGAAAAAGAUAAGGUGGAGAUCUACAAAAGUUUCAGACCUGGAGACAUUGUUCUAGCAAAAGUGAUCUCCCUGGGUGAUGUCCAGUCCAACUACCUCCUGACGACAGCAGAGAAUGAGCUGGGGGUGGUGGUGGCGCACAGUGAGGCAGGGGCACAGAUGGUGCCCAUCAGCUGGUGUGAGAUGCAGUGCCCCAGGACUCAUGCCAAGGAGUUCCGGAAGGUGGCAAGAGUGCAGCCAGAGUACCUUCAGGCAUGAAGUCACCACAGAUGAACUCUCCUGUGGCCAGCCUCACACUGGGGCUCCUCCUCACACAGCAUCUCAACAGAGAACCUGGAGUACACAGCCUCCCACAGAGACACCUUCAUUAUUUACUUAUUGGAAAACUCAACUAAAAAUAAAUGUGUCUUUUGAACAUGUCACAUGAAGUCUGAAAGUACCCUGUUCCUCCCAAUCAAGGACACUUAGACAUUAAGAGGAACUUGACUACAGGGUACAUUUACAGUAGGUUCAAGUACAAGUUUUAUGUUGAUGGAUUUAAAUGUUCUAUGUUUGAAAAAAGACCCAAUUUAAUAAGAGUAAAAUAUUUUUUAACAAAGA